AUGCAACAUCUCACACAAUUACCUGCUCUACCUCAUCCUUCUCAACUUCUCACAGCUUCACCUCAUCUGGUGGCACAAGAAAGUCGAUUGGCAUUUGAACAUCAAAGUGCUUUCAGACGAGCACUUCUUUCCGACCAGAUCGACUUACCAUCAACAUCUCCCAAUACUCUAACCCCCCUUCCACCCAUUCCAUCACCUCAAACCGUCCGACCACCAACUAUCACCCCUUCUUCUCGUCCUGACUCUCGACCUAAACUACCCUCAUCGCACCCACUAGCAAGGGAACAAUCCAUCGAUGAUUGCAUAGGGGUCUUUAACGAUCUGUACGAAGGAUGUCAUGCCACAUAUAAGAAAUCUCUAAAGGCCAUUCGGGUGGAUUAUCCUAUGGGUCACGCUUGGAUUUGUUUAUGGGGAAAAGGUUAUGCGUUGGAUGUUAGAGUGGAGAGAUUUACUUUAUAUCCUUUGUCUGAUCAUAUUCCAGCUAUACAUACAACACCUACCUCCGCACCCCACGCAACUCUCAGUCAUCAUCUCACCAACCUUCAUCUGACUCUACCAGAACUACUCACCUCCUGA